AUGAACCAUCACACAAUAGCGUGCUCACGCGCGCUCCUCGCCCGCACCCCGACACAUCUUCUUGCGCAGCAAAGCGCCUCACCGCUGCGAGCCUUCUCUACAACAUCCUCCCUCGCCACAAAAUCCAUCAAGACGCACCGCCUGCCCGCGCAAUUCAUCCCCCCUUACCCAUACGGCGAGCGCCGCAUCUUCAAGCAGUCGAACCGGGGCCUGUAUGGCAAUGCCCGCAUCCGUUUUGGCAAUGUCGUGGCUGAAAAGUACAAGAACAAGACCAGACGAUACUGGCGCCCCAAUGUCCACCGCAAGACCUUCUUCGUGCCGGCGCUCGGCGCAAACGUCAAGGUCCGUCUGACCCUGCGCGUGCUCAAGACGAUCCGUCGCGAGGGCGGCCUGGACAACUACCUGCUCAAGUCGAAGACGGCACGCCUCAAGGAGCUGGGCCCAGGCGGAUGGAACCUCCGCUGGCUGCUGAUGCAGACGCGCGAGGUGCAGGAGCGAUUCAACAAGGAGCGCGUGGCGCUGGGCCUUGAGCCCCGUCCCAUUGAGGACAAGAGCGAUAUUGUUAGCCUGAUGCUCGACUAUGCCACCCCGGGUAACCUCAGCUUGAAGAGCAAGCAUACAAUUGCUGAGAUGCAGUAUGCGCUUUCCGGCGAGUUUGUCCUCGGUGACGAGGACCUUGCCGAUGUGGAGGGCGUCGAGGAACUUUCUGAUGAAGAGGAGGCUAGAUUGAUUGCCGAGUUGGAAAGCAAUGGAGCGCUUGGUCUUGAAGACGGCGUCACAGAACCUGUCAAGACAAAGGAAACUACUGUAUGA